CAACUUUUGUUUCGCCCAGGAAAGAAGCCGACAUGGAAGCAAAAGGGGCAGCACAGUGGAGCUCUAUCCUAGUUCCUUCUGUUCAAGAGAUGGUUAAGGAGAAGACGAUCACGACCGUUCCUCCCAGGUAUGUCCGGUCUGAUCAAAACAAAACUGAAGUCGAUGAUGAUUUUGAUGUGAAAACCGAGAUCCCAAUCAUCGAUAUGAAGCGUCUGUGUUCUUCAGCCACCAUGGAUUCUGAGGUUGAGAAACUCGACUUCGCUUGCAAAGAGUGGGGAUUUUUCCAGCUUGUAAACCAUGGAACAGAACCAAGUUUCUUGGACAAAGUAAAGUCAGAGAUUCAAGAUUUCUUCAACCUUCCCAUGGAAGAAAAGAAGAAGUUCUGGCAGCGACCAGAUGAGAUAGAAGGUUUCGGACAAGCUUUUGUGGUUUCAGAAGAUCAGAAACUAGAUUGGGCAGACUUGUUUUUCCAUACAGUGCAACCUGUUGAAUUACGCAAGCCUCACUUGUUCCCCAAGCUACCUCUUUCCUUUAGAGAUACAUUGGAGACGUAUUCUGCUGAAGUGCAGAGCGUAGCUAAGAUCUUAAUAGCGAAGAUGGCAAUUGCCCUAGAGACCAAACCAGAGGAACUGGAAAAGUUGUUUGAUGAUGUUGAUUCGAUUCAAAGUAUGAGGAUGAAUUACUACCCACCAUGUCCACAACCCGAUCAGGUUAUCGGUCUAACCCCGCAUUCUGAUUCGGUCGGACUCACCGUACUGAUGCAAGUGAAUGAAGUUGAAGGUCUCCAAAUCAAGAAAGAUGGGAAAUGGGUUCCUGUUAAACCUAUCCCAAAUGCUUUCAUCGUCAAUAUUGGAGACGUCUUAGAGAUCAUAACUAAUGGGACAUACAGAAGUAUAGAGCAUCGUGGAGUUGUGAAUUCAGAGAAAGAGAGGCUCUCUAUUGCAACGUUUCACAAUGUGGGAAUGUAUAAGGAAGUUGGUCCCGCGAAAAGCCUCGUUGAAAGACAAAAGGUUGCAAGAUUCAAAAGGCUGACCAUGAAAGAGUAUAGCGAUGGUUUGUUCUCUCGUACGCUCGACGGGAAAGCUUAUCUCGAUGCUUUGAGAAUCUAAAGAAAGCAAUGCCUUGUGGCCCAUUACUCUGUUUCUCCUCUGUUUUCUUGAUUUAUGCAAUAAAAAAUUCUCUAUAAUCUUAUCUUCGUUGUCUCUCUAUUUGCUUCAUUUUGUUAAAGACAAAAAUCUCCCGUAGAGAAUGCUAGCUUCUACGUAUUGCUACAAUAAGACAAUAAGUUUGUU